AUGAUCCCUCUUCGAACCGCCCGUGUUGCCCGAACCUCCGUGUCCUCCAUGGUCCAGAAGCGAUUUGCUUCUGACCUCAAGGGCGCCCUCAAGGAGGCCAUCCCCGCCAAGCUGGAGCUCUUCAAGAAGGUCAAGUCCGAGUACUCCCAGAAGUCUCUCGGUGAUUGCAAGGUCGAGAACCUGCUCGGAGGCAUGCGAGGCCUCAAGUGCAUGCUCUGGGAGGGCUCCGUUCUUGACGCUGAUGAGGGUAUCCGAUUCCACGGCAAGACCAUCAAGGAGUGCCAGGAGGUGCUCCCCAAGGCCGUUGAGGGCGGCGAGAUGCUCCCCGAGUCCAUGCUGUGGUUCCUCUUCACCGGCAAGGUUCCCACUGAGGAGCAGGUCCGAGGCCUGUCUCGAGAGCUCGCUGAGAAGGGCGAGGUCCCCGAGUUUGUCAACAAGAUGCUCGACAACCUGCCCCCUACCCUGCACCCCAUGACCCAGUUCUCCAUGGCCGUGUCUGCCCUUAACCACGACUCCAAGUUCGCCAAGGCCUACGAGCGAGGUAUCCCCAAGUCCGAGUACUGGGAGUACACCUUCGAUGACUCCAUCGACCUCAUUGCCAAGCUGCCCCAGAUUGCCGCCAAGAUCUACCAGAACUCUUACCUUGGUGGAGGACCUCUCCCCGGCAAGAUUGAUCUCAACCGAGACUGGUCUUACAACUACGCCGCUAUGAUGGGCAAGGGCGAUGAGACCGGCUUCGUUGAUCUCCUGCGACUCUACUUUGCUCUCCACGGUGACCACGAGGGAGGAAACGUCUCUGCUCACGCCACCCACCUGGUUGGAUCCGCUCUGUCCGAUCCUUACCUGUCCUACUCUGCUGGUCUCCAGGGUCUUGCUGGUCCUCUCCACGGCCUCGCCGCCCAGGAGGUCCUGCGAUUCAUCCUCGACAUGGAGAAGAACGUCCCCAAGGGCUACUCCAACGAGGACCUCGUCAAGUACCUGUGGUCUGUCCUCAAGUCUGGCCGAGUCAUCCCCGGUUACGGCCACGCCGUUCUGCGAAAGCCUGACCCUCGAUUCGAGGCUCUGAUGAACUUUGCCAACUCUCGACAGGAGAUCCGAGACGACCCCGUCUUCCAGCUCGUUUCCCGAACCUCCGAGGUUGCCACUGGCGUCCUCACCGAGCACGGCAAGACCAAGAACCCCCACCCCAACGUCGACUCCUCUUCCGGUGUCCUCUUCCACCACUACGGUAUCCACGAGACUCUGUACUACACCGUCACCUUCGGUGUGUCCCGAGCUCUUGGUCCUCUGCCUCAGCUGGUCUGGGACCGAAUUCUGGGUCUUCCCAUUGAGCGACCCAAGUCUCUCUCUCUCGAGGAGAUUAUUAAGGUCGCCAAAUAA